AUGGUCAUUGAAGCUGCUUUUCAGCAUGAUAGAAUUGACGUAAGAGAGUUGAAUCGUCUGAUGAGCAUUUACAAGAAGUACUUAAAAGACGAUUCCUGGUACAUGGACCAGCCUGUAUUUUCUGAAAUACUGCACAACUCAUUUGGACUCACCGACGACUUUUUCAUGAGAAGAAUAUUUUUUGCCUCUGACCUCGAUAAGGAUCGUCGUAUAAGCAUGGAAGAAUUUAUACGAGUUGUGGCAAUAAUGUUAAGAGGGACCAUGGAAGAAAAAAUAAAAUUAUGCUUUACCUGUUACGAUAUAAACGACAACAUGGAACUGACACGAGAAGAUGUGACGACCCUCUUAAUAGAAGCCGUCAGCGAGCCACCAACAAGAGAUUCCAGCGCAGAUGCACUUCGAGAUUUGGUGGAGCUGAUAUUUUCAAAAUUGGAUGAGGACGGGGAUGGGAUAAUCACUUACGAAGAAUUUGUUAAGAUCUCUCUGAAAGAUUGGACAGUAAUGGAAAUGUUUGGUCAGUGCUUACCGGAUCACAGACAUAGAGCUGCGUUUUUAGUCCUCUUGGAAUCUGAUCAAGAAAUAAAAGGAAGCCCAGAGUCAAAUAUUUCUGGACACUGUGCUUGA